UAGCCGUUGCCCUCCUCCCUCGCCCAAUCUUAAAAGCAGUCCCCCUGCUCUCACUUCAAUACUGAAGGCCUCCAAACGUAGAGCAAUGGCCAGAAGAGUUGAAGCAUCUCCGUUUCUCCUACUCUUCUCUUUUGCAGUGCUCUUGCUUGCUGGGGGAACAAUACAGUUGGUACAAGGACAGAAAACUUGGUGUAUCGCAAAGCCUUCAUCUGAUGAUGCUACUCUUCUAGCCAACAUCAACUAUGCUUGCUCUCAGGUGGAUUGCAGUAUACUGCAAAGGGGCCGCCCGUGCUUCUACCCAGAUAACCUCAUGUCCCAUGCUUCCGUUGCCAUGAACCUCUACUACCAAGCCAAGGGCAGGAACUACUGGAAUUGCUACUUUAAGAAUUCGGGGAUCAUAACAAUGACCGAUCCAAGUUUUGGUAGCUGUGCUUAUGCCUAGUGCCUAACCAAGAAGACAACAGCGUUGCUCGACCAAACAAGUCCAGCAGCAGUGCCGGGCAUUUUGGAUCAGUUUUUUCUAGCAAAUUCAAAAGGAAGUCGUUACCAUCUUGCUAUCAGAGAAAUAUAUAAUCAUCUAGAUAUUGCACAUUGUGGCCAUCUCUUCUGGAACUUUCUCCUUUCUUCAUUUACUUAUUCAUGUAACAAUGGACUAAAGAUAGCACAUCAGCAGUGCCAUGCAUUUGCAUCAAUUGUUACCAAUGAAUUCAAAAGGAAGCGAUUGCUAUCUUGCUAUCAGAGAAACAUACAAUGAAUCCAUUCUGGCA